AUGGCCAUCAACUCCGUCGAGCUUCAGCGCGACGAUUUAGAGCCCAUACAAGAGUUCCUCUUAUGGGUCCAGGGUAAUCGUUGUCCAGAGCAAGAUGACCCAACGUCCACGUUUAGAAGUCGCUAUUUCAUUCCUUAUACGCGUUUGAAGUCGUAUUUAGGGUCGACGAAGAAACUUGAAAGGCUUCUCGAUGCCUUAUAUCCCGGACAAGAUGCGUCCGAGCUUCCUCCUCGAAAGAACAUUACGGAGCAGUACCUUCGAACUUUCAGUAUCCUGUUAUGCAUCGGCAUGGGAAGGUUCGUGAAGCACUUCGUUCAGCAUGACUCACUCCAGGACUCAAAAUUGCCCUUUACCUCUCGCCCAGCACGCUUCCCGGUCUCUUCAGACCCGAACUUUGACAUUUUCGAACUUUUUCAACGGAGACAGUGGGAAUUUUGCGCCCAAACGCUGAAAUAUGACAUGCACAAUUACUUCGAUACAGAAUCUGUUCUCCCCAUUAUACGACGGAAGAAAAUUGCAGAAGGUGGGAGCGCACGCGUUUACAAGAUUGAAUUGGAAGCGGAGUAUAAUGAGUUGGAGCCCCCUGACUGGGAAAGGGAAUAUGAGGCCAAGAAGGAAAAAACGAAUGAAUUUGUCUUGAAGAGUUAUCGGACACGCAAUGCUGAGAACUACUUUAAGGCGGAACUGAGGGCACACAAGAUGCUUAGGCACGGUAGAGAGCCACCACCAAACGUCGUUGGCUUUCUUGGCUCUUUCAUUCGUGAUGAAACGUAUAAUAUGAUAUUUGAAUAUGCAGAUAAAGGCUCGCUUGAGAAAUACAUGCAGGCAGUCCAUCCUCCGAGGGACAUUCAGGACAGGAUAGCCUUUUGGGCCAGCCUGCUUGGGGUCUUGCGUGGUCUGGCUUUGGUUCAUGGGUCAAGAGUGGAUGCCGGACUUGAUGAGCCCAACGAUUUCUCAGGGUGGCACCAGGACGUGACCCCAGCAAACAUUGUAGUAUUAUCAAAACCUCAAGGUUCCGACUACGAAUCGUAUUUCAAGCUUGCCGAUUUUGGCCUGAGUCAUUUCAAGAAAGACACGUCACCCCAAGUCUUGGACAAAGACACACUUGGCACACGAUCUUAUGGUAUCAUCCUCUUUUGCAACAUAGUUGCUGUAUCUGCACUGAGUGAAUCUGAUAAAUAUCUAGGGGCCCCUGAUACAUUCCGACUCGACGAUUCGUUUUCCCGGGCCACUUUUCAAGUUCGACAGAGUGUUGACAUUUGGUCGUUCGGCUGUAUUCUCAGCGAGUGCGCAUCAUGGACCCUGAAAGGCUGGAGAGCAGUAGAAGACUAUCGAUACCGACGGCGGGCGGAGAUUCAAUAUGCCCUAGGCUUAGACGCCGGUGACUGUUUCCAUGAUGGUUCACAUGUCUUGCCCGCAGUCAUAUUGCAGCAUUCAAACCUCAGGGAUAUGCUUGAGCGAAAGGAUUCCCUCACUCGGUGGGUCCUAGAUAGCAUCGAUGAGGAAAUGCUUGUAGAUGACCUGGCUCGUGCACCCGCAAAGCAGCUCUAUCACCAAUCAGUCAGAGCGAUCAUGGAAGUCAGAAAAGGCUUUGAGGACCUUAGGUCGUCGAGUACUACGUGUAACACACUUGUAGAUGACAACCAGCCAUUACCGUCGAGGUCACAAGAUACUGUCCCGAUUACUCAGAAGGAAGAAAUGCACCAUGGAAGUCAUUUAGCACUCGCCUCUUCUACAGCAUCAGCAUCAGACAGAACAAAUUCUCUUCCGGCUAUGCAGUCUCCGGCACUCGCCUCUCCUAGAGCAUCAGCAUCAGACAGAACAUACCCUCUUUCGGCUAUGCAGUCUCUGGACGCACAGGCUUCGAAUUCGAAGGGGGCCACACUGGAAGAGAAGGCAAGCCAUCGGGAAGCGUGGUCUGGAAUCAAUCAAAAUGAAGCGAAAGGGCACGAAUUUGCUCCUAGCAUGUCGAUCUCAGAUCUCCUGUCCAGGAAAGAUCGAAAACCUGCUGGCUUAUCAUCACAAUCCUACCUAUUGAAUGGACUGAAAAAUAGAGAUCACGUCUUUCUAAUUGACAAUUCGGUUUCCAUGACCAAGCACAGGCGAGAAAUCUGGGACGUUCUUGAGGGUUUGACGAAAAUCUUGAGAGAUCAGGAUCCCGAUGGCAUUGAUCUUUAUUUCACAUCGAGCGACAGGAAACUCAAAGCCAGAAAGUUGAAGGAAAUUAGGCAAAGCAUGGAAAAAAAUGUUCCUGAUGCUCUCACAAAUAUGUCUCAUAGCCUAAGCAUGAUACUGCAAGAUCAUUCGGCGAGCGCCGAUCGCAGCAAAACGGUUCGAAACUUCCUUCUUCGUAGGCGGCGACCAAAACCUCUCAGUCUCUAUGUUCUUACCGAUGGCGUCUGGCAGCCAAAAAGUGACCCAACAGGGAUGAUAAGAGCUCUGGCCAACGAUCUUGGUGACCUCAAGGUACAGUAUCAUCGGGUUCAAAUUCAGUUCAUCCAAUUUGGAAGCGACUCCAGAGCCCAGGCACGCCUAAAGCACCUAGAUUCUGAGCUCGAACUAGAGGACAUAGUUGACGUGACACCAGCAGACGGUAAUGUUUGGAAGAUGUUGCUGGGAGCUAUGAACCAUUGGUUCGAUGUUGAUGAUCCACGUCAUGUAUCGGCUCCUUAA